AUGCUUCUGGAUGCUGGACCGCAGUAUCCCGCCAUAGGAGUCACUACCUUCGGAUCCUCUCGCCACCACUCCACGGCCGAUGUCACGGACAGAGAAGUGGGGCUGGGGAUCAACCCCUUCGCCGACGGCAUGGGCGCCUUCAAAAUCAACCCCAGCACCCACGAGCUGGCCUCGGCCGGCCAGACCGCCUUCACCUCGCAGGCGCCCGGCUACGCUGCGGCGGCCCUGGGGCACCACCACCACCCGACCCAUGUCAGCUCCUAUUCCAGCGCCGCCUUCAACUCCACCCGGGACUUUCUGUUCCGCAACCGCGGCUUCGGGGAGGCGGCGGCCGCCAGCGCCCAGCACAGCCUCUUCGCCUCCGCUGCCGGCAGCUUCGCCGGACCCCACGGACACACAGAUGCCGCGGGACAUAUACUUUUCCCGGGGCUGCACGAGCAAGCCACCAGCCACGCUUCGCCUAACGUGGUGAACGGGCAGAUGCGCCUGGGCUUCUCCGGAGACAUGUACGGCAGACCCGACCAGUACGGCCAGGUCACCAGCCCCCGCUCCGAGCACUACGCCUCGACCCAGCUGCACGGCUACGGCCACAUGAACAUGAACAUGGCAGCCCACCACGGGGCAGGGGCCUUCUUUCGUUACAUGAGGCAGCCCAUCAAACAGGAACUCAUCUGUAAGUGGAUUGAGCCCGAGCAAUUGUCAAACCCCAAAAAGUCCUGCAACAAAACUUUCAGCACGAUGCACGAGCUGGUGACUCAUGUCACGGUGGAGCACGUUGGAGGACCCGAGCAGUCCAAUCACAUAUGUUUCUGGGAAGAGUGUCCAAGAGAGGGGAAACCUUUCAAGGCCAAAUAUAAACUUGUAAAUCACAUCAGAGUCCACACAGGUGAAAAACCUUUCCCCUGCCCUUUCCCAGGCUGUGGCAAAGUGUUUGCCAGAUCAGAGAAUCUCAAAAUACACAAAAGAACUCAUACAGGUACGGUAACAUUCUCUGUCGCUUUUCUCUCUGCGAGUGGAAGCGCCGAGCGCCGGGGCCGGAGCGGGACGCGGGGCCGUGCCGGAGGGCUCGGGGGGCCGGCUUGGCUGAGGCUCGCACGGGGAGGAGGGGGUUUGGUCCAGGGACCGCUGCUUUUUUUCCGGGAGAGGCCGGCUCGGAGCUCCGCUGCAAAACGAGCUCGGUCACAGCCACGCCAGCAGCAGCAGCAACAAAAAGAAAAUAUCCCUGCCGAGGCAGAGGGGGAGGACGGCAGGGUUUGCUGCUGGGAUUGUUAGGGCGGAGGGGGUGGGAAAGUUGCAAGGAUCCAGCCGGGUGAAAAACCAUUUAAGUGUGAGUUCGAGGGCUGUGACAGGCGCUUUGCAAACAGCAGCGACCGCAAAAAGCACAUGCAUGUGCACACUUCCGACAAGCCCUAUCUCUGCAAAAUGUGCGACAAGUCCUACACGCACCCCAGCUCCCUCCGAAAGCACAUGAAGGUCCAUGAAUCAUCCUCGCAGGGGUCCCAGCCUUCUCCCGCCGCCAGCUCAGGCUACGAGUCCUCCACCCCUCCAACCAUCGUGUCUCCAUCCACAGAAAACCAGACUGCCAGCUCCUUAUCCCCUUCCUCCUCCGCAGUCCAUCACACGUCCAGCCACAGCACGCUUACAUCAAAUUUUAACGAAUGGUACGUCUAAAACGCUAAAACAAAACAACAACAACAACAACAAAACACAAA